AUGGCUUGCAAGCAAAAGACUUGGCUUUGGAAUCUCGACGACUAUAAUACCAGCGAUAUUAUGACGUCCACAGCAAGGGCCAUGAUGGAGGAGGGCGCCAAGCCGAAACGCCGCAUUUGUCUCCUGGAACGGAAGCUGGUCAACUUCAGCUCCUUUAAUAUGGACGAUCCACGCUAUGGAGUCGACCGGGAUGUGGAUGAGCUGCACCAGCCCUUGGUCACCACCUACAUGCGCACCUUUACGGCACCAUAUGCCCCGCGCUGCAAGCCCCUCACACCCAAGGAGAACACUCCGGACACUUUAUUCAAUCGCUUGCCCCUCAACGACUUCGAGACAAAGGCGCACAUCAACUACAAGUUCCUGGACGAUCACAUGCACAACAUAACGGAAGUCCGCGAAAGGAUUAACUUCUUCAGACAACUGCGCAAUCAGUCGUUCGUCGUUUAUUAGUUUAUAUUGAUGCUGAUUGAACUUGGCUGUUACCGUAAAUUAAAUUAAAGUCUUAUUUCGGAAUCCAAAUGAUAAGAAUGAAUAAAAAAGAUCAUUCAUUGAGACUACAAAAA